CUACCGUUCCUUCCUCAGCGGAGAGCAGAGAGGCUCGGGGCCAGUGCGGCCAGGAGCGCAGGAGGCCCGGAGCCGGUUCCCGGGCAUAGGGAUCCGCUGGGAUUUAGGGCCGGCCUCGAGGUGUCCCGCUCAGAGGAAUGGAACCUGCCUUCGGGGAAGUGAACCAGCUCGGGGGGGUGUUUGUCAACGGAAGACCCCUGCCCAAUGCCAUCAGGCUGCGGAUUGUGGAACUGGCGCAACUGGGUAUCAGGCCGUGCGACAUCAGCCGGCAGCUCCGCGUUUCCCACGGCUGUGUCAGCAAAAUCCUGGCUCGCUACAACGAGACUGGCUCCAUCCUACCGGGGGCUAUCGGCGGCAGCAAGCCCCGGGUCACCACCCCCACGGUGGUAAAACAUAUCCGGACCUACAAACAAAGGGAUCCGGGCAUCUUCGCCUGGGAGAUCCGGGAUCGCCUGCUGGCCGACGGCGUGUGUGACAAGUACAACGUGCCGUCGGUCAGCUCCAUCAGCCGCAUCCUCCGGAACAAAAUCGGGAACCUGUCUCAGCAGAGUCACUACGAGUCUUACAAGCAGCACCAGCCGCCCCCACAGCCUGCUCUGUCCUACAACCACAUCUACCCCUACCCCAGCCCCAUUGCUGCUGCAGGAGCCAAGGUGUCCACCCCUCCCGGGAUGCCGGCGAUCCCCAGCACCAUGGCCAUGCCCAGGACGUGGCCGUCCUCUCACUCGGUGACGGACAUCCUGGGGAUCCGGUCCAUCACAGACCAAGUGAAUGACACUUCGCCUUACCCCAGCCCCAAGGUGGAGGAAUGGAGCAGCUUGGGCCGAAACAGCUUCCACCCGCCGAGCCAGCACGCCGUGAACGGGCUGGAGAAGAGCUCCCUCGAGCAGGAGGCCAAGUACAGCCAGGUGAUCUGGAUGGCACCCAAUUCGAACCCCAUUUGUGAGACCUGCCUCUUACUGGCCACCUGCUUCCACGGCCAAAACACAGUGCCCUGUCCACCAACCCACAUGGCUUCAGGGCACUCCACCCGGAUGAAACUAAUAAAGAAAGUCAGAGAGGCACCCAAUGGCCUCCCAGCCGUCAGCAGUUUCGUGUCCGCACCGGCCAUGCCUCCGUACGCCACGCCGGCCCAGGUGUCACCUUACAUGACGUACAGCGCCACUCCAUCCAGCUACAUGGCGAGCCACGGCUGGCAGCACGCCGGGGGCACCCCGCUGUCCCCCCACAGCUGUGACAUCCCCGCCUCGCUGGCCUUCAAGGGCAUGCAGACUGCCAGGGAGGGCGGCCACUCCGUCACGGCCUCCGCUCUCUGAUGCAGGAGCUGCUCCAGGAGCACCACGGGCUCGCCGGCUCCUCGGGCCCAGCUCACGGACUGCUCCCCUCACGCUGGCCACACCUGGCCCUUCUCCUCGUGACUUGUCUCCCCGAGGGCUUCUGGGAUUAAAGAGCUGCAGACAACAUCAGAAACUGAGAGAAGUGUGGUGUUGUGCUCUUAAAGACUUUGUGUCCCUCAAAGGGCUCGUGGAGCCUUGUUCCACUCUCUCCUGGUCAAACCACACAUAUUUAUUCUUAAUCAUCACAAACUUUCUAAAUGUGCAA